AUGAUGAACGAGGCGGCGAGGCCGAUCGUCAGCCUCUACAGGCAGAUACUCCGGGCGCACUACAAGUGCCUACCCCCGCCCAUGCGCGUCCUCGGCGACGGGUACGCGCGCGAGGAGUUUCGGCGACACCUGGACUCGAAGAGCAUGACGAACGAUCGGUGGAUCGAAUUCGCGAGCGAGUGGUCGCGAUACCUCGCAAACGUCGCGCCCAAAGAGGAGGGCGCGGGACCGAAGUUCACGGGAGAGCUAUCGAAGGAGACCAUCGACGCCAUGUCGGAGGAGCAGCGGAUGAUGCUCCGGAAGCUCAAGGAGGAGGCGCAGUCCUUCGGAGAAUCCGUCAAGGCGGAUGAGGAGACAAAGUAA